UCCUGACCAGCAUCACUCACAAUGGAUGAUAUUUACAAAGCAGCGGUUGAACAACUUACAGAAGAGCAAAAAAAUGAGUUCAGGGCAGCUUUCGACAUUUUCGUGCAAGACGCUGAAGAUGGCUGCAUUAGCACCAAGGAACUGGGGAAGGUCAUGAGGAUGCUGGGGCAGAACCCCACCCCUGAGGAGUUACAGGAAAUGAUCGAUGAAGUGGAUGAAGAUGGGAGUGGCACGGUAGAUUUUGAUGAGUUCUUGGUCAUGAUGGUCCGGUGUAUGAAAGACGACAGCAAAGGAAAAUCAGAAGAAGAAUUAUCAGACCUUUUCCGAAUGUUUGACAAAAAUGCAGAUGGCUACAUUGACCUGGAUGAGCUGAAAAUGAUGCUUGAAGCUACCGGAGAGACAAUCACAGAAGAUGACAUUGAGGAACUCAUGCGAGAUGGGGAUAAAAAUAAUGACGGCAGGAUUGAUUACGACGAGUUUCUGGAAUUCAUGAAGGGAGUUGAAUAAAUGUGAGACAUUAACUUCUACCAGAGCCAUGCCCCACCUCCAUUGAAUUUGUGAUUUUGGAAUAAAAGUACCUCACCCAUAUGAACAAAUAUAACAAAUGUACAGAAUACAACAGGGGUGUUGUCCCCUACAGCUGUUAUUAAACUACAACUUUCAGCAUCCCCUCAGCAGGUUAAACAUUCCUGGUGCACGUAUACAGACUGAUAAUAGCCUCACUUGGAACUUAUUCGCUAAUACGUCAGAUCUUCAGCCCUUAAGUGCCCUUCAAUGUGCAUCCUUAGUGAGCCACCAGGGUGGAUACUUGCCUCUCCAGCUGAUGCCGGCUGAUAGCUCACAUUGUCUUUAGUACUGAAGUUGUAGUUGAGCAACAUCUGAUGGGCCACUGGUUUAACAACACAUGGGAGGGACUUACUACAAAAUAGUAGGGGCUUAUGCGCAUAACUGGGCAUGACAAAAUGUGGGUGUGGCCUUGGGUGUUUGGGGAGUAGUCAUAUCUCCUUCAUAUUUUCAGUGAGUGCAUUUUACACAGCAGACAGCCUUGGAUUCAGGCAUAAUUAUAAUUUCAGAACAAACUGGGUGUUCAUAGAAAGCCUUGCUAAUGGCAUAAAUCCGUUCAUGGCUGAAGAGUUCAGAAGUACAGAGCACUAAAUGGAAAUGUCAAGGUGCGCCACACGUGUGCCAGAGCCCUUAAGCUAUUUUUUAAUAUUUUCCUAGAACUUCUUGACAUUUAGUGCCUAAAUAACCCAGCCCAUGGCAUAAAUAUAUUUGCUUUGCGUCUGUUUGCUAUUAAUUGUAAUAAAAACCAUGUCAGUCUGUACAAAUACGCAGAACGACUCCUUCAGUGGCAUCAAAUGCUGUUACACUGUGUCCUUGAAUUUGCUAAUAAACUUGUCUGAAAGAUCUGUGCA